AUGUCUUCGACCACCACUGCUGAAGCUUCGGCUCUCCGCAACAAAUCAUUUUAUAUGUCCUUUUCUGUCUUUCAGGUAGAAAGAGAGUUAUUCAAGAUCCCAACGGCCUACUUAACACAAUAUUCCACCAUUUUCAAUGAAAUGCUCACUCCGAAGCUGCCACCAGGGGCAGCAGCCAGGGGGCAAUGCGACGACAACCCUAUCAUACUUGAUGGUGUGAGCAAACUUGACUUCGAACGGUUUCUUACAACAGUGUUCAGAUUUCAAGUCGAGCCGACAAGGACUUUCAACACCGCCCAUUGGCUCUCUGUGCUGAAGCUAGCUAGCUUAUGGGGGUUUUCUGACCUCCGACAGACCGCUAUUACCAAGCUUUCAACAAGCGAGCCACGUCGAAUGUUCACCCCGAUAGGGCGGCUGGAGCUCGGACGCCAAUACAAAAUUGCAGCAUGGGUUGAGCAAGGUUAUACGGAGCUCGUAGAUCGACGCGAGAAAAUUAGUGAGGAAGAGGCGGAGCAGAUAGGGUGGAAAGCCCUCUUGAAGUUGUGCCACCUCCGCGAGGACUUCCGCAGCCCAGUACGAACAGUGGCGACGACGAACUCUGGAGGAUUUUUUGUCCCAGUGCCGCCACCAGCUUUCAUGUCGGGCUCAGACACCGUGGCACCACUGAGCCUGAGUGCCGCGCCCACGCUGACGAAGGCGAACUUGAAGAAAGAGAACCUGUCAUUGCCGCCGCCGGUGGUGACGACAGCAUCGGCGGUGCGCCAGGUAUUUUCGGAGGAGUUGAGGGAGAUCCGGGAGGCGGGCGUUGCGCUGAGCGUGCCUAUGCCGAGGAUCAUCGCAGCUCUCCCCCGCGCGCGGAGGGCGACUGUGCCUGCUGCUGGCGCCACUUCAGUGAAGGAUGCGUAG